GGCUACCGCGAAAGUGUCGUGAGCGUGCUGCCGCGGAUCAGAGUCACCCAGUGGAGUGAAGUCGAAGUUGUUAUUCCUGGGGGUGUGCUGGCUGGGGGUCGGGAUAAACACCUGCCAUAAAAAGCUGUAAAACAAGAUAAAUUACUAUCUCCAAAAUAAAAGAAAACCAAGAUCCAUGAGUGGGCAUCGGUCAACAAGAAAACGAUGUGGAGAUUCUCACCCAGAGUCCCCUGUGGGCUUUGGGCAUAUGAGUACUACAGGGUGUAUAUUAAAUAAGUUGUUCCAGUUACCCACACCACCACUGUCAAGACACCAGCUAAAGCGGCUAGAAGAACACAGAUAUCAGAGUGCUGGACGGUCCCUGCUUGAGCCCUUAAUGCAAGGGUAUUGGGAAUGGCUAGUUGGAAGAGUUCCCUCCUGGAUUGCCCCAAAUCUCAUCACCAUCAUUGGACUGUCAAUAAAUAUCUGUACAACUAUUUUAUUAGUCUUCUAUUGCCCUACAGCUACAGAGCAGGCACCUUUGUGGGCGUAUAUUGCUUGUGCGUGUGGCCUCUUCAUUUACCAGUCUUUGGAUGCCAUAGAUGGGAAGCAGGCAAGAAGAACCAACAGUAGUUCUCCCUUGGGGGAACUUUUUGAUCAUGGUUGUGAUUCAUUGUCAACAGUUUUUGUGGUUCUUGGGACUUGUAUUGCAGUGCAGCUGGGGACAAACCCUGACUGGAUGUUCUUCUGCUGUUUUGCUGGAACAUUCAUGUUCUAUUGUGCACACUGGCAAACAUAUGUUUCUGGAACACUGAGAUUUGGAAUAUUCGAUGUUACAGAGUCCCAGAUCAUAAUUGUAGUAUUCCAGCUUCUCACAGGAACCCUGGGGCCUUGGUUCUGGAACUUCACGAUUCCAGUGCUGAAUAUUCAAAUGAAAAUUUUUCCUGCACUUUGCACUGUCGCAGGGACCAUAUUUUCCUGUACAAAUUACUUCCGUGUAAUCUUCACAGGUGGUGUUGGCAAAAAUGGAUCAACAAUAGCAGGGACUAGUGUCCUUUCUCCUUUUCUCCACAUUGGAUCAGUGAUUACAUUAGCUGCGAUGAUAUACAAGAAAUCAGCAGUACAGCUUUUUGAAAAGCAUCCUUGUCUUUAUAUACUGACAUUUGGUUUUGUAUCUGCUAAAAUCACUAACAAGCUUGUGGUUGCCCACAUGACGAAAAGUGAAAUGCAUUUGCAUGACACAGCUUUCAUAGGUCCAGCGCUUUUGUUUCUGGACCAGUAUUUUAACAGCUUUAUUGAUGAAUAUAUUGUACUUUGGAUUGCCCUGGUCUUCUCUUUCUUUGAUUUGAUCCGCUACUGCGUCAGUGUGUGCAAUCAGAUUGCCUCUCACCUGCACAUACAUGUCUUCAGAAUCAAGGCCUCAACAACUCAUUCUAAUCAUCAUUAAUGAUGUAAUUUAUGUUUUAUAGGAAGCUCAUGUUUUCUGCAAGAAAGAAUCUGAACACAUUAAGGAGAAAGGGGGUGGAUAAGAACAAAUAUAAUUUAUAAUAAUCAAUGUUGUGUCACCUUUAUUCUUUGUUACUGGUAACACUCCCUAACUAUCCUGUGUGUGAGAAUGGGAAUUCAAGUCCCAUCUUGUAAAUUGUACAAGUUGUCAUACAAAGUUUGGCCCAAGGAAGCAUGCAGGAAAAACAAAAUGCCAUAUGUUUGUAAUUAUCCUGGAUACAGAAUCAUGUCCUAAGAAGCAGAUCCCAGUGGCGGAGAUUUCUAAUGUAGAAUAAUUACAGGCCAAAAGAUGGUUACUUCAUAAUUUUAACAAAUUGUCGUCUUUUAGUAACAUCCUCAUUAAGUGUCUUCUCAAGCUUUCUUUACUAAGGAGCUCAGCUUGUGACACAGAUGCAUCCCACUAGCUUGUGAGGUGAAACUAGUGGAAAGACCUUGAGCUUGGACUGAAAGUUUUCCUAUCUUUACAUUGUUGAGGAAGUAAAUUUUUUUUAUUGCUCAAGAAGAAGUAUCUCUCAUGGGCUUGGGAAGUCCUGUUAGCAUGCAGAAUAAUGUGUUAACUUUGUCAAUCCAUUUUAUUUUUUUAAAUAAAUAUAUGAUCUAAAAACCAA